AUGAAGAACAUGUGGAAGUCUAAAUUUGUGCGUCUCGCAGCACCGCCAACCUCCACGAGUGUUCUCAUCGCCUCAGAACUCACUAUCAUCUCUGAUCGCCUUUGUUUUCUUUGGACGUCCACCCGAGACAAUACCUUAAGGAAAUCCAACUUUCCUUGUAAACACCGAUAUGGCUUGGAGUUUCAUAUAAAGCAUGAAAAAUCGCAUUUAGUCUUUUUGAUCCUUCUUGCUGGUGAUAUCGCCACCAAUCCAGGUCCCACUACGCAGUCAGGACAUCUACUCGACAUACAAUCAACACAAGUACCCCAACGUUUGCCCACCCAUAGUGAAAACUCUCUAAGAGGACUCGAGUGUCUUUAUUUAAACUCGAGAAGUCUUAAAGCGUUCGUUCAGGUUGAUGACAACGAUCCAUCCAAAGUUUGCAAAAUUACCUUAUUUCAGCAAUUGGUCUACAGUGGCGAUUACGACAUUGUUAGUGUAUGUGAAACUUGGCUCAAUGAUUCUGUCCUUGACAGCGAGUUGUUGAAGGGAUAUUCCAUCUUCCGUAAAGACAGGGUGGAGAGAAAUGGUGGUGGCAUUCUAGUUGCUGUAAAGGACACUAUUAGCGUGAAACGUCGAUUUGAUCUUGAAGACAAUAGCAUUGAACUUGUCGUCGUUGAACUUUCCCAACUUAAUAAUCAGUCCAUUAUUUUGUAUACCUACUAUCGCCCUCCAGGUUCUCCUUUAGAUGAUAUACAACAACUGAGUUCAUCCCUUGCAAAUACCCCUGAAUCUAGCUGUGUUCUUCUAGUUGGUGACUUUAAUCUCCCUGCAAUUGACUGGUCAUUUGAUCAGCCAAGCCCCUCCAAUGUCAGAGGACAUCUGGAAGACAAGUUUUGCGAACUAUUUGCCGAUUAUUUUCUUGAACAAUUAAUUCCUGGUCCGACGCAUCGCGGUGGUAAUAAACUUGAUCUACUUUUGUGCAACUGUCCUGAAAUCAUUAGAGGUGUAUCAACGUCUUCUCCCGAACAAUCUAGUUUCCCAACUGACCAUCAUAUCUUAGUAUUUAAGAUUCAAAAACCGAUCUCUCGGGCUAAAUCUAUUAGACGGACAGUGUUCGAUUACAGGCGCGGAAAUUUUGAAGAUCUGCGCAAGUCUCUAUCUAACACACCAUUUGAUGGUACACCCCCAGAAAACAUUGACGAGCACUGGUCUCGCUGGAAGGAAUGGUUUCUGAUGCAUGUUGAUAAUUUUAUUCCAGUGAAAUUGGUUAUGGACACGAACUCGCCACCUUGGAUUGACGGAGAAGUACGUCAUUUCAUUCGAAAGAAAUACGCAGCAUUGAAGAAAUUUCGACAAUCCAAGUCCGCUGCUCGUAAACAUAAACUACGAACAUUGAGUCAAACCAUCAAAUACUUAGUCAGACGAAAAUACCGUGAAUAUCUUGCCAAAGUCAAAAAUUCUUUUCAAGAUAACCCAAAACUAUUCUGGAGUUAUCACAAAUCCAUACUCCAUCAUCGUGUUAGCUCAAAUGCAGAAAUUUCUUUCAAAGGUGUCACGGCAAAGACUGCUGCCCACAAAGCUGAACUUUUCAACAUGUACUUUUCUUCUGUUUUCACACCCUCACGACCUAACACCCAUUUAGCUGAUGCUAAUAACUCCAUUCCAUUGAGAACUGAUCAGACAUUAUCUGAUGUUACCAUCAACGUGAAUGAAAUUUCGGAAUGUUUGAACGGUUUGGAUACGUCAAAAGCAUGUGGUCCUGAUGGCAUCCCUUCUAGACUCCUGAAGGAAUGUCACCAACAAAUCGCACCAAGCCUCUGUGAUAUCUUCAAUCAUUCACUAGUAUCUGGUCGAGUUCCUUCGGAGUGGAAAUCAGCAAAUAUCACGCCCAUACACAAGAAGAAACAGAAAGAACCGGCGGAAAAUUAUCGCCCAAUCUCACUCCUUCCCAUUAUUAGCAAAGUCAUGGAACGCUGCGUGUAUAGCAGACUUUAUCAGCACGUCCUGCAUCUAAUUUCUCCACAUCAACACGGAUUUCUUAGAAAGCGGUCUUGUGUUACACAGCUUCUCUCGUCACUUCAUUCUAUUGGUCAAAAACUUGAUAAGAACACACAAACUGAUAUUCUUUACCUUGACUUUGCUAAAGCUUUCGACUCUGUGGAUCACUCUAUUCUUCUCAGAAAACUUAAAGCCUAUGGAGUGUCAGGUAGACUUCUUGAUUGGUUCUCUGAUUAUUUAAAUAAUCGUCGACAAAGAGUUGUAGUAGAUGGCGUCGCAUCACAAUGGACACCUGUUACAUCUGGAGUGCCUCAAGGUAGUAUCCUAGGACCAAUGCUGUUUGUCAUCUUCAUUAAUGAUGUUGCCAAUGUGGUGGAAAAUGGAUCAAUGUCGGCCUUAUUCGCAGAUGACACAAAGGUUUAUCGAACAAUUAAAUCGGUUAGUGAUUGUGACCAGCUGCAGCAAGCUUUAACCAACCUAGAUGUUUGGAGUAGCGACAACAACAUCAAAUUCAACGCAU